AUGGAGAUAGCCUCUCAAUACAAGGCCGUCAUGCGUGAAGUCAUAAAAAAUGUUGCGCCGGAUUUUAUAGCAGAACACGUAGACUUUACAAUUUUGCAACAAUUAGAACAGUCCUGGGAACGGAAACUCCUUCAGUCUGGUGCUCUCUCUAUAUUUGGAGCAGAUGCAGAUACGACGCUAGAAACAUCUUCGAAAUUGAUUGAACGUGGCGUAAAUGAUAAUUCAUCAAGUCCACGAACAGAGUCUCAGCAAACGACUCAAGAGGAGACAACUGGUUUAGAGGGUAAUAAUAGUUUGAAGCGUAAGCGUGAAUCUGCUGGAACACAACCUGUUUGUCAGAAAGACACUGAGAGUCUGAGUUCAGAUAGCGAGGAUAACACUCUAGAGAUGGAGCCCCCGACGUCAAACCUUGUAUUGAGCCAGUUCGAGAAAGUAGCACGUACUAAAAACAAAUGGAAGUGUUCUUUCAAAGAUGGGAUAAUGCUUUUAAACGGGUCUGAAUAUGUGUUUGGUAAAGCAAACGCGGAAUUCCUCUGGUGA